AUGUCUUCCUCCCGCGGCGGCACCCCUCCGCGCUCGCCUCCGUCCCCCGUCGAGCGCGUUAUCGCCAGGUCCGCGCCGUCGAUACCGUCGACCCGAGCAGAGCGCGUCCCGUACGUCAACCCGACCCCGGACGGUUUCGGGAGCGCGACGCCGAGGCGCGCGAGCCACGGCGACCCGACGAUGGACGUCCCCGGCCCGGGGGAGUACGCGGGGAUCAGCGCGGGGACGAUGUCGAAGCGAAGCGGCGAGGGGUGCGGCGUGAAGGGGUUCGGGAACGGGUUCACGAGCGGCGCGCGGCGCAUCUCGACGCAGCGCCCCGACGAAUACUUCCGGACGCCCGGGGUGGGGUCCUACGACGUCGCGCGCUCGAGCGUCGCGCCGUCGACGCCGCGACGGGCGGGCGGGGGGUACCGGAAGCGCGCGGCGACGAGCUCGUUCGCGACCGCGACCGCGACCGCGCCGCCGAGGACGGGGUACGCGCGCGCGAGCGCGAGGGAGAAGCCGGAGCCGCGGACGCGGCCGGCGCCGGCGCGCGAGAGGGAUCGCACCGCCGCGUUCAAGGACCGAGCGUCGAGGUUCGGCGGCGGACGCGCCGCGGCGGACGCCGCGUCGACGCCGGGGCCGGACGCGUACGACACCGCGGUGUCGGCGUUCACGCCGCGAGGGGUAGGGGGGAACGACGCGGCGGCGGCGGCGGCGGCGGCGGCGACGACGACGACGACGAGAACGAGGAAUCUCAACCGCGUCGUCGCCGCCGCGCUCGGCGCCGACGCCGACGCCGACGCGCCGACCCCGGGCCCCGGACAGUACGCGCCAAAACCCGGCGCGAUCGACGUCGCGGACCCGAGCGGAGGACGCGCGAAUCGCGACCGGUGCUACUACCCCGGGUGGGGUCCGUUGCGACCCGAGCGCGCGUCGACGUCGCCGACGCCGCCGACGCCCGGACCGGGGCACUACGCGCCGACGACGGCGUCGCGACGCGCCGCGUUCCGCUCGCCGUUCGCGAGCGAGACGGACCGGAUCGCGCGAUCGGACGUCGACGACGUCGUCGGGCCGGCGUAUUACUCCCCCGCGGUCGUCCCGAAGCGCACGGAGUUCCACGUCACGAACAUCGAAGGCGCGUUCGUCGUGUAA